UCUCUCUCCCCACCAAGGACCCAUGGAGGUUGUGACGAAACAGGCCAAGGCACACCCAAACAGAAGGCUCGUUGGCAUUCACAACUGGCAUUCUCCCCAGGCCGAGGCCGGCAGCUAGAGCAUCCAUCAUGGUCUUCCCCAGACCCCUGGCCAUCACUUUGUCCUUGUCAGGCCUCAUCCUGCUUGCAUUGCACCUGUCUACUUCCCACAAUGUGUCUGAUGCCCCCAGCAAUGAGCAGCAACUGUGCACCUUGAGGGAACACCCAACCAUAGCCUUCGAAGAUCUGAAGCCGUGGGUCUCUAACUUCACCUACCCUGGAGUUCAAGAUUUCUCCCAACUUGCUCUAGACCCUUCCAGGAACCAGCUCAUCGUGGGAGCCAGGAACUAUCUCUUCAGACUCAGCCUUACCAACGUCUCUCUCCUUCAGGCUACAGAGUGGAGCUCCAAUGAGGAAACACGCAAGUCCUGCCAAAGCAAAGGAAAGACUGAAGAGGAAUGUCAGAACUAUGUUCGGGUCUUGAUUGUGUCCGGCAGGAAGGUUUUCACGUGUGGCACCAAUGCUUUCUCUCCGGUGUGUUCCAGCAGACAGGCAGGGAACCUCAGCCGGACAAUUGAAAAGAUCAAUGGUGUGGCCCGAUGCCCCUAUGACCCCCGACACAACUCCACCGCAGUGAUCUCCGAGCAGGGUGAGCUGUAUGCUGCCACCGUCAUCGACUUCUCCGGCCGAGACCCCGCCAUCUACCGAAGCCUGGGCAGCGGCCCGCCUCUUCGCACUGCUCAGUAUAACUCCAAGUGGCUCAAUGAGCCGAACUUUGUAGCUGCUUAUGACAUCGGGCUCUUUGCCUACUUCUUCCUGCGUGAGAACGCCGUGGAGCACGAUUGCGGGCGCACCGUCUAUUCCCGUGUGGCCCGCGUGUGCAAGAAUGAUGUGGGUGGGCGCUUCCUGCUGGAGGACACAUGGACCACCUUCAUGAAGGCUCGGCUGAACUGCUCCCGCCCAGGGGAGAUCCCCUUCUACUACAAUGAACUCCAAAGCGCCUUCCACCUUCCUGAGCAGGACCUAGUCUAUGGCGUCUUCACCACCAAUGUAAAUAGCAUCGCUGCUUCUGCUGUCUGCGCCUUCAACCUCAGUGCCAUCUCCCAGGCCUUCAAUGGCCCCUUCCGCUACCAGGAGAAUCCAAGGGCUGCCUGGCUCCCCAUUGCCAACCCUAUCCCCAAUUUUCAGUGUGGGACCUUGCGAGAUGUUGGCCCCAAUGAGAACCUGACAGAGAGGAGUCUGCAGGAUGCCCAGCGUCUGUUCCUGAUGAGUGAGGUGGUUCAGCCUGUGACCCCAGACCCCUGUAUCACACAGGAUAGUGUCCGCUUCUCUCACUUGGUGGUGGAUCUCGUACAGGGCAAGGACACCCUCUACCAUGUGCUUUACAUUGGCACCGAGUCGGGCACAGUCCUCAAGGCGCUGUCCACAGCCAGCCGCAGCCUCCGGGGCUGCUACCUGGAGGAGCUGCAGGUGCUGCCUCCUGGGCGUCGGGAGCCUCUGCGUAGUCUACGCAUUCUUCACAGUGCCCGCGUGCUCUUUGUGGGGCUGAACGACGGGGUGUUGAGGAUCCCGCUGGAAAGGUGCGCCGCCUACCGCACCCAGGGGGAAUGCCUUGGGGCCCGGGACCCGUACUGUGGCUGGGAUGGGAAGCAACAGCGCUGCAGCACCCUGGAGGACAGCGCCAACAUGAGCCUCUGGAUUCAGAAUAUCACCACUUGUCCAGUGCGGAACCUGACGUGGGAUGGGGGCUUUGGGCCAUGGUCACCAUGGCAACCCUGCGAACAUGUGGAUGGAGAGAACUCGGGCUCCUGCCAGUGCCGAGCCCGAGCCUGUGACUCCCCCCGUCCCCGCUGUGGGGGACGGGCCUGUCCUGGACCUACCAUCCAUGUUGCCAACUGCUCCAGAAAUGGGGCAUGGACCCCAUGGUCAUCUUGGGCUUUGUGCAGCACCUCUUGUGGGAUUGGCUUCCAGGUCCGACAGCGGAGCUGCAGCAACCCUGCCCCCCGACAUGGGGGCCGAAUCUGUGUGGGCAAGAGCCGGGAGGAGCGGUUCUGCAAUGAGAAUAGCCCCUGCCCUGUCCCCAUCUUCUGGGCUACCUGGGGCUCCUGGAGCAAAUGCAGCAGCAACUGUGGGGGCGGAGUCCACUCCAGGCACCGAACCUGUGAAAAUGGGAAUUCCUGCCCAGGCUGUGGUGUGGAGUACAAGACGUGUAACCCUGAGAGCUGCCCAGAGGUACGAAGGAAUACUCCAUGGACACCAUGGCUCCCAGUGAAUGUGACCCAGGGAGGGGCCCGCCAAGAGCAGCGAUUCCGUUUCACAUGCCGGGCCCCACUCCCUGACCCUCACGGCCUUCAGUUUGGGAGGAAGAGGACGGAGACCCGCUCUUGCCCUGCAGAUGGCUCUGGAGCCUGCGACACUGAUGCCCUAGUGGAAGAUCUUCUACGGAGUGGAAAUAAUGCCCCCCAUGUGGUGAGUGGGGGCUGGGCAGCCUGGGGACCUUGGUCAUCCUGUUCUCGAGACUGUGAAUUAGGUUUCCGGACUCGGAAGAGAACCUGCACAAACCCAGAACCCCGAAAUGGGGGCCUGCCCUGUGUGGGGGAUGUCACCGAGUAUCAAGACUGCAACCCCCAGCCCUGCCCAGUUCGAGGUGCUUGGUCAUGCUGGACCCCAUGGUCCUCGUGCUCAGCCUCCUGUGGGGGAGGCCACUAUCAGCGAACACGUUCAUGCACCAGUCCUGCCCCCUCCCCUGGUGAAGAUAUCUGCAUUGGGUUGCACACAGAAGAAGCACUUUGUGCCACCCAAUCCUGCCCAGGUGGCUGGUCAUUGUGGGCCGAAUGGAGCGUGUGUGGUGAAGAUGGAACCCAGAGCCGGAGCCGUGACUGCGAAGAGCUUGACCCUGGGACCACCCCCUGCCUUGGCAAUAGCAGCCAGAUCCGGACCUGCCCAUAUAGUGAAAUCCCUGUGAUCCUACCUGCUUCCAGCAUCGACGAUGUCACCAGCUGUGGAGGGUUCAGCCUCAUCCAUUUGGUGGCUACUGGUGUUUCCUGCUUCUUGGGCUCGGGCCUCCUGACAUUUGCCGUCUACCUGUCCUGCCAACGCUGCCAACGGCAGACCCAGGAGUCCACACUCGUCCACCCCACCACCCCCAACCACCUGAACUAUAAGAGUGGGGGUGGGGGCACCCCCAAGAAUGAGAAGUACACACCCAUGGAGUUCAAGACACUGAACAAAAACAACUUAAUCCCUGAUGACAGGGCCAACUUCUACCCGCUGCAGCAGACCAACGUGUAUACAACGACCUACUACCCCAGCUCCCUGGGCAAACACAGCUUCCGACCAGAGGCCUCCCCAGGACAACGAUGCUUCACCAACAGCUGAUGAUACCGCCCCUCCGGGGGAUGGGCCUUCAGGCACCUAAACAUCCUGGGUACCUAACAGGGGUGGACGGUGCAAUGAGUUGGGUUUCUUCUUGGCCACCUGCACUGCCCUCUUGGGGCCCCGCCCGAUGAGCCCUGGGACUAGAAUACUCCCUCAGUGGGGAGGGGAAGGAGUCUGAAACUAGCGUGCUCUGGUUGGAGGUGACCGUGGGGGGAGAGGGUCAGCAUUUUGGCUGGCAAGGGGCUGCGACCUCCCAACUCAGCCCAGAGGUUUUGCAGCUGUUCCCCUUCCUCUCCUUACCUACUCACUACCAUCCAGCUACGUGCUGGACAAUGGACCCACUAAGGAUGUGAGGAAUUGGGGAGUUGAGAAUGGAAAGGUGGGAUAUUUUGAUUUGGCUGAAAUGACUUUUCCUCUGGCCAGUAUUGAAAAGAAUGGGCUGCAUCCUUAUCCAUAUUUCACUACAUCGGGAAACAGCCCCCACCCCCAGACACAACUAGUUCCAUUUUGGAAGGGAAAUGAAAAAAAUAAAUAUAUAUAUGUAUGUAUGUAUCCAAUGGCCCCAACAAUUUAGGUUUCUCAGCCUAGAGCUGGGCCACAAGGGACCGUAACCCAAGGUUGAGCCUCUGCUCAUGAGAUCAGCUAUCGGCCUCUGCCCGUGGACAUCCAUCUCACCGGAUCAGCAGUUUUUCUGAAGAUUACCGAAGACCAGGCCUUCCCAAGAGCUGAUCCGCCCUCUGGGAGACAGCCUGAUGCCCAGGUCCAGCAUGGGCCUUGGCCUUGCCUUUCUCUUGCCUUCUCCCAGUGUGGGAAGAUGGUGACGUAGAAGAAUAGAGGAAGGUUCCAGGCCUUGACCAAACAGGAUGCGGAUGGCCUCUCUGGGGAAUAUCUUCCAGUUGCUGCUCAUCGGAGUUUCAGGCUGAGUCCUGGGUAUCUCAGCCUAUUCUACAUCCUUUCAAAAUACACACGAUGAACCUGCUACAGCAGUGACAGUGACAGGCUGUAGCUUUGUUAAUUAAACAUUAUAUCCAGCCUA